AUGGAUCAAUUGCUGCCGUUCUUCACUCUUCUUGUUCUCGCCGCUCCCGUCACUGCCCAGAGCAAUGGGACAGCUACUAUCUCUUAUGUCUUGCCUUCAGGUUACAGUACCGCAAGCUUCAACGCGUCCGCACAGCCCACUGCCUACACCCGUACCGACUUCUCUCCCAAUGCACUAGCCUCUCUCUGGGACAUGGUGGGCCCCAUCGCCACGGGCCCCAUCACGAGUACCGUUGAGCCAACAGCAGAGCCAACAGCAUAUCCGCAGCCAGAUUCUCGCUAUUAUCACGCUCUUGUAGGAAGCGGAAACCCCGAGGUACAGGGCUUGAAGCUACCCAAGAACUUCCAAUGGGGCUUUAGUUCUUCCGCGUAUCAAAUCGAAGGUGCGGCCAAGGACGAAGGCAAGGGACCCAGUAUCUGGGAUCUGCUGGCACACCGGGUCCCUAAUUUCGUCGCCGAUAAUACGACUGGCGAUAUUGUUGACCAGCAUUACUAUCUGUAUAAGCAGGAUUUCGCCAGACUAGCAAGUCUAGGGAUCAAAGCCUUCAGCCCUAGCUUUUCAUGGCCGCGUUUUUUUCCCUUUGGACAUGGUCCGGUCAACGAGGAAGCCAUUGCGCACUAUGACGACGUGAUUAGAACCAUGCACGAGAAUGGCAUCCAUCCAGCGGUAACGCUCUUCCACUGGGAUACUCCACUCGCUAUAUUCAAUGAGUACGGCGCCUGGACUGACCGCCGCGUCGUGGAUGACUUCUUCAACUACGCCAAGUUUGUAAUCACACGGUAUGAUGCCUACGUCGACGAGUGGUUUACGAUCAACGAGCCCCAGUACUGCAAUUGGCAAUACGCCGGGUAUCCGGCAGGUGAAUACUACCCAGCGCCAAACGGCGUCACAGGCGGCAAUGAAGCCCGCUUCCUAUGUGGCCACCAUACACUGCUAGCGCACGCAAAGGUGGCCAAAUGGUACCAUGAAGAAUUCAAAGGACGCGGCCGCAUGACCUUCAAGAACAGUGGCAACUACUACGAGGCCAACAGCACAAAACCAGAAGACGAAGUUGCACGCCAGCGGAACUUUGACUUUAGCAUUGGCUGGUUCGGUGGACCAUGGACUGACGGUGACUACCCGCAGUCGCUCAAAGACACCCUUGGCGACCUCUUGCCUGAGUUCACACAAGAGGAGAAGGACAUGAUCAAAGGAUCGUGCGACUUCUACGCCAUCGACCCCUACUCCAGCUUCUUAGCCUUUGAGGUCGAUGGCGGGCUGGAGUCAUGCACGAGCAACCGGUCACACCCAUCAUUCCCUGACUGUGCUGGUUCAGCAAGUGUAGCCCCUAAUGGCUUCCCUAUCGGUCCUGCCGCCGACCCGGCCAUGUCGUGGUUCUACUCUGCACCUGCCGGUGUGCGCCGCUACCUCAAGCACAUUACUCAAGUCCUCUUCCCAUCGAUCCCGGACAUUGUUGUGAGCGAAUUCGGAUUCGCAGAGCCUUUCGAAGGGCAAUGGUCGAACCUGAACUCGGCGCUUUGGGACUUGAAGAGAGCGGAUUACUUCCAGCAAUAUCUAGACAACAUUUUGCUAGCCAUUCAUGUGGACGGGGUCAACGUGACUGGAGCAUGGGGGUGGUCCAUUCUAGACAACUUUGAGUGGGCGCUUGGUACGUCGGUCAGGUUCGGAGUGCAUAUUUGCGCUGCUUUGGGCCAUCUCUUGCACGUCGUGGCUGCCACUUGGCACAUGAGCUUAACGCAUCCGGCACGGCGCUGCCACCAACUCAUACCCGCGUCAUCUGCGGGUAACCAGCCCCAGCCCGCCUCCGACCACCCAUCCACCCCGACGUCCCCCGCUUCUUCUUCCCCAGUCAUCUCUGCCCCCUCUGACCAGUCCGCACCCACCGCUCGAGCCUCCAACCACGCACCCGCUGCCGCUAUCCUGUCAUCCGACCAGACCACAGCCGGAAAGCGCAGGCACAGCUUCUCUGCGAGCGACGACGCCGAAGAAGAGCCCCUCACCAGCGGCACCCGGGGCAGUUUAUCCCGCCACAUCUCGAAGCGCAGGCGCAGACAGGAAGGGAAGAUGCGCCUUGAUAACGACGCCUCCAAAUCCUCACAAUCGCCCUCGCGUAACUUCGCAAACGGAUCGUCACAGUCAUCGGGGCACAGGUCGCCCCUGGCCAAGGGCGCGAAUGGAAGCACACAUGGCAGGAACGAGAGCAAUGGCUCCUAUACAAAUGGAGGACCGGUAGCGAAUGGGGGAUCAGUGCCUGCAACUUUCUUUGGCCAUGACAGGGAAGAAGUGACGCGGAUACUGAUCCAGAGUCUGACCGACUUGGGUUACCACAGUGCUGCGGGCGCACUAUGCAAGGAGAGUGGCUUCCAGCUCGAAGGGCCGACGGUUGCGGCAUUCCGAACUUCGGUACUGAACGGUGACUGGGAGGAAGCCGAAGAGUUGCUGUUUGGGUCAAAUGCCUACGACACCGGUGGCGGUGGUGUUGGUCUAGACGCUCCCUACAGAAGGCCCUGGGGGAAAUCGACAUCACAGCCCAACUCGCAGCGUUCUACAGGCUUGACCCUAGCCGAGGGCGCAAACCGCGAGGUGAUGCUAUUCUGUCUGAAGCAGCAAAAGUAUCUCGAGUUGCUUGAACGGAGAGAUCUGAGCAAGGCACUUGCGGUACUUCGGCAAGAGUUGACGCCGCUUCAUCGAGAUGUGGGAAGGUUACACGCUCUUUCGGCGCUUAUGAUGUGCCAAUCUGCAGAAGACCUCAGAAAUCAAGCUCAAUGGGACGGCGCUCGCGGUGACUCGCGGAUGCAUCUGCUUUCUGAUCUUUCCAAAUCAAUUUCGCCGAGCAUCAUGAUCCCGGAACACAGGUUGGCAGUACUGCUAGAUGAAGUAAAGGAUAGCUGGAUCGCAAACUGCCUAUACCACAACACCGCCGCGUCACCGUCUCUCUAUCUCGACCACAACUGUGAAAGGGAUGACUUCCCAACAAAGGCUGUGCUUGAUUUGAAACACCACACGGAUGAGGUUUGGUACUUGCAGUAUUCAAACGACGGCACAAAACUUGCAUCAGCAGGCAAGGACAAGACAAUCCUCAUCUACGAAACCAACACAUACAAGGUGUUACAUCGACUCGAAGAACACCGGGACUCUGGCGUCGCUCAUCUUGCUUGGAGUCCUGAUGACACAAAGAUAAUAACAUGCUGCUCGCAACCAGAGAAUUCGGCGCGGAUAUGGGACGUCAAGACCGGUGCAUGCAUACAAUGUAUCAGCGACUUUACCUACCCCUGUACUACCGCGGCUUGGGAUCCAUCCGGUACACGAGUUAUUAUCGGGUCACAGGACGACAACAUGGGCUGUAGUGUUUGGGAUCUCGACGGUAACCUCAAGCACAACUUCGCCGACGAUGGGAAGCUGCGUGUAAACGGCCUCGCAGUGUCAUCCGAUGGCCAGCGAUUAGUCGUCAUUACAGAGAGCUCCAUCGUCGUGUUUGAUUUUGCCACUUAUGAGAGGAUUGCCGAGUUCCAGCUUGACGAUACAAAGUUGACGAGUGUUACGAUCAGCCAGGAUUCGCGGCAUAUGCUCGUUAGCAUAAGCCCUGAUCAAAUCAAGCUCAUGGAAAUCGACACUGGGGAUGUGAUACAACGCUUCGAGGCACAUGCUCAGAAGGAAUUCAUGAUUCGAUCAGCGUUUGGCGGCGCCGAUGAGAACUUUGUAGUUAGCGGCAGCGAGGAUUCACGAAUAUACAUAUGGCGCUCCAAUGGCCUCCUUAUCGAAGCUCUCGACGCACACCCCACUGGCUGCGCCAAUAGCGUAGCCUGGCACCCCAAGGAUCCUACUACAUUCGCUUCUGCCGGCGAUGACAAACGAAUCAGGAUCUGGAAACCAGCUUCCGCGUCACCAAUGCCAUCGAGUAGUAGUAACGGUUUUGCAAGGUAGAAUGAGCCGCUCACCUGGUGUGGCUCGCAUGUAAGGUUUCACGUGUGGUUUGCGUGUGAUGGCGUGUGAUGGCGU